CCGAAGCGAUCGUGCCCGAGGCUUCGACAAGCCACACGAUUCCCUCCGCGAUAUCUCCCAUUCGUUUCUCCCCCAUUCGACCGUCAUUGUCGUCAUCCGUUCCUCGUAACGUGCGAGCCGUCGGCGCUAGCUUCAAGCUCUUGUUCCCCAGCUCUCCCAAGUCUCGACACUUUGCUUGCAUGACCCUGCGGCCAUUCGCGGCGGAAUUCCAAAGGGACCCCCAACUGAGGAGCCGGCGCGAGUUCCCCAUACAGACAUUUCAUCAAACAGGCAGUGCGCUUGGCGAUUCAUUUCUGUGUCGCGACUUUAGUUUCGCGUAAUGUGGGUCGCGUGUUGAUUCAUUUCGUGUUGCGACUCCGUUUCUUGGGCAGAAGAUGAAAGCGUGGUGAUUUCUUUCGAGUGGUGAUUGGUGGUCAACAUGUCGGCGCUGCCCGUCUGCUCGGCUACUCCUAGCUCUUCUUUGCCCAGCCAGAAUUCGCUAAAUGGAGGACUGCAAUCUUUAAACUUGUUCCAUAAGGACUUCAACCACGGAUGCUUUUCGAGGGACAAGAUUUUUCCGGCUUCAUUGGAUGGAAAGAGCCUUCAAAGACAUGCCUGUAGAACGCAGGCUACUAAACUCUCCUAUACUGACAUUGACAAUGGUGUCGGAAAAUCAGUCUGGGGUUCUUCCAUAGUAACUACCGGCGAACCAUAUGAUGUGGAGAGUAGGCAUCUGAGAUUUGUAGAAAGUUCUGAGCUGCCUUCCAUUCAAGAAGGAGUGAUGGAAUCUACUGAUCAACCGGCUGAAAAUGCUUCCACAUUUUUGGAAUCGAUGGAUGUUGAAAAAGUAUCGACUCCUGAUGUAGCACCAGAUAUUCCUGCCUCAGUUGAUGAGCCCUUUUCCCUAAGUACUGACUUGGUCGACGGUGUAAAAUCCAGUGCUGGGGAUAUCUUUUCCCAAGUCACAGGCUCCAUCAAUGAGUUAGUAAACAAGGGAGAAAGCACUCUGAGAAGCACUUUAGAUUCGAUCUAUUCCUCGGUGGGAACUGCUAUAAAAGGAGCUAAUGAUGCAAUAGACAAUACUUCCAGCAAAGUGUUCUCUAAUGUGAAUCAGAUGGGAGAAGCAGCUGGUGAUAGAUACACAAAUAUCACAAGUGAUCUUAAAGGAGCAGCAACUAAAGCAGCUAUUACUGGUGUUGAUGUGCUGAGACAGACAAUUGUUGUGCUGGAGGAUUCUUUGACCAAGGGUGCUUCCUUUAUUGUUAAUUCUUAUAGUUCUACCAAGCAAAUGCUCCCUCCAGAGUUUAGAGAAAGACUUAAUUUUUCAGAAGAGAAAACAGCGGAAAUUCUGAAACCUGUUGGAGUUGCUUUUCAACAGGUUUACAUGACAAUUGUGGAGCUGGAGAGAAGUCUUGGUUUGGACCCAAAUGAUCCAAUUGUGCCCUCUGCUCUUUUCCUUGGCACUGCUUCCGCCUUUUGGGCUUUUUACUGGGCAUGGACAUACAGUGGUUAUUCUGGAGAUAUAUCUCCCAACUCAACAUUAGAGCUCUUGAUGGGAAAGGAGGGUGCUGUACUUAUUGAUGUUCGGCCCGAGGUUCUUAGAGAAACUGAUGGCAUUCCUGACCUUCGGCGUGCUGCUCGUUUUCGUUAUUCAAGUGUAUCCCUACCUGAGGUUGAUGGCUCUUUGAGGAAACUCCUAAGAGGUGGUAGAAAUGUUGAAGACUCAUUAACUGCAGUUGUCAUUCGGAACUUGAAGAUAGUUCAGAAAUCAUACUUGGUCCAAGGUGGCUUCCAAUCUUGGGUGAAUCAGGGUCACCGUAUUAAGGAGCUCAAACCUGAGACAACACUUACUGUACUCAAAGAGGAAGCUGAGGCAAUACUGGAGGAGAUCAACCCUUCUCCUUUGCAACUUUUUGCUGCUGGUGUGGGUCUUGUGGCUGCAUUAUACGCACUUGUCGAGUGGGAGAAGACUUUACAAUUUAUUGGAGUCAUUGGCCUCGGCCAGACAAUUUACCGGCGGAUUGCUUCUUAUGAGGACUCAGAAGAUUUUAAGCAAGACCUGAGGUUGCUGCUUGCUCCGGUUAAAGUUGGAGCUGAAGCUUUUGCUUGGGCUGCUGGCAAAUUGGAAACGAAUGGCCUCAGGCUGCCGACAUCGCCUUCGUCCUCAGAUGUGCAAAAUCGGGUCCUACAGGCUGCUGCAAGGCAUGAAUCUCAGCCGUCCGAUGAUCCUGAAAUCGAAAACCUUCCUGCAGAAUCGCUCUCUGCCGCCAGCGAGAGUGCCAAUCUCUCUGAAGCAUGAAGGGGUCGAUUUUCCUUGCGAAAAGUAAUUCUCUUUAUCAAAGAUUUCGUAGCCUGUGAAUGAUUCGUGAAACUGAAUACACUUAGAAGAGCGAAAUGAAAUACAAUGUACUUAAAAAACCUUACCAUGUAAUAUGAUUAAAGUUGAUGUAUUUUUUU